UUACAUGAUGUACCUGCCACAUUUCUUAUAAAAUGUUGAGAGGUUGGUGUUGGUCUUGCGGGGUUCCCUGAAGCUCUGUUCAUUGAGAAGCCUCUGUAUUUCCUCUCAACACUUUGCUUUAAAUGGUGUUGGAAUGAUUCUGAGGUGAGUUUGAUGCAAUUGGAAGGGAAAACACUUGAAAAGGUAAAGUCUUUGUUUUCUUAAUUUUUAAAAUUCAAUAGCUUAAUUCUUGGUUGUAAAAGUUUUUAAAUGGUUUAAGUGUAUUUGGAGAUCAAGAGAUGAAUGUUUCCCUGGGUUUCCUUCUCAAUGUCUUGUUUUAAUGAAGCAGUCAUAGCUGUUACAGCUCAAAAUGUAUGUUUUGACAAAGUGUUUUAAGAAAAAGAAGUGUCUGUGAUUCAUUCGGCAGGUUGUUUUGGACGAGGUGUGAGAACAAGAUAGGAUUCUUUCCUAUGUCCUUGAAAUCCUUUAUUCCGUUGGCGUACGAGUCUAGGAGUCAGUGGCAGCGUCCUGUGGCACACGGUAAAGCAGGGGUGCAGACUUUCAGCCCCGACUUCAGCGGUGUGGUCAAGGGGAAUGUUGUUUCUUCUGCUCUCAGUCAGCUCCUAGACCUAGACUAUCCGUCUGAGAGGGGAGCUGCAGGGCAAGGCUAGGUCACCUGCUCUGCUAGCAGCUUAUCAAAGAAUUAUGUGGGCAAGCUGGCAAGGUCCCUGCCGUGGACGAAGUCGCCCGCCCGCCCGCCUCACGAUGAAGCUAAUCCAGCGUGCACCUGUGAAGAGAACCACCAUGAAGAUUUGAGUUCUGUGAACCAGCGUUUGUGGUGGGUAAUUGCCUCCAGAUCGCGUCGGACAGCCAUCAGUACGAUCGGAUUUACUGUGGCGCCGGGGUCCAGAAGGACCACGAGAACUACAUGAAAAUACUGCUGAAGGUCGGGGGCAUUCUCGUCAUGCCUGUCGAGGACCAGCUGACACAGAUCAUGCGAACGGGACAGAACACCUGGGAGAGUAAGAACAUCCUCGCUGUCUCCUUUGCUCCCCUGGUGCAGCCGAGCAAGAGUGACAGUGGCAAGCCGGACUGCGUGGGGCUCCCCCCCUGUGCCGUCAGGAACCUGCAGGACUUGGCUCGUAUUUACAUCCGCCGCACGCUGAGAAAUUUCAUAAACGAUGAGAUGCAGGCCAAGGGGAUUCCUCAGAGGGCGCCACCCAAAAGGAAAAGAAAGAGGGUUAAACAGAGAAUUAACACUUAUGUGUUUGUGGGUAAUCAGCUUAUUCCUCAGCCUCUAGACAGUGAGGAGGAGGAGAGGAUGGAGGAAGACAGAGAGGAGGAGGAGAAGGACCACGGCGAGGCCACCAAGCCGGAGGAGCCGCCGCAGAACCUGCUGCGGGAGAAGAUCAUGAAGCUGCCCCUCCCGGAGUCCCUCAAAGCCUACUUGACGUAUUUUAGGGAAAAGUAACCUAGAGCGAGAAGAGAGAAUGCCUACUGAUGAUUCCUUUAGUCUUGAAAACGUAGCGUCUGUUAGGAGUUAAAGGAGAAUUCUUUCUUUCAUCAGAGUGAAUUUAUAGUGGAAAACGUAUAACUUGUUUCUGUCUUAGUAAAUAAAUGAUGUAUUCAGUGAUUACAAAGAAUCCCUUUUAUAAAAUAUAUUUUCUUUAAAUCUUGGGAAAAUCGCUGUUUUAACUCAGAGCAACUUCAAGAAUGGAGUCCAACAACCGUCCGGAGUGGACUGCGAGUCGUCGCCUGGUCCUCGCACAGGGGUGGUGGUGAGGGUCCGGGUGACUUCUGAAUGGGCUGAAGUGACCACGAGGCGUGUACAGUCUGAUCUGGAUGCAGCCGUCUGCGUGUCCUCCGUGGGAACUUUGUCACCUCACAGGGAGAGGAAGUGCUCUGCAGACCCGCCCGCCACUUCUGUGGCAGCCACCACGGGACUGAGCACUGAGCUUUAAGUCAGCCCACCCUCCACGGCAUUCACGGCACUGCUGCUCCCGCUUUUGAAUCCAUUGCCAAAAGACACGGGGAAACGCCUGCUUCUCUCGUAGAGACCUGCACGAGCACGUUAGGUGAGUGUCCGCGUUCAACACUGCGCAGUGCAGCUCGCGGUCCGUGUGGGCCCCCGCGCUGUCAGCGCUCGCGGACCACGAGCUCGGCGAGGCGGGUGCCCAGGCCCUUGGGUGACUGUCCACGGCCAGAGCAGGUGUCGGGAGCGCGUUGGCACAGGGAGCCCCCGGCGCGCCCGCCCGCUCACCGUCGACGAGGGCGGGCUGAGCUUCCCGCGCCUGCCCUGGGACCCACCCCCGCGGCCCGGGAAGCCCUGGGGCUCUGUGUGGAGGCCUCGUGCUGUGAAGGGUCGGUCGGCGUCACCGUGCGAUCUUCGGGACCUGCGUUGUGCUCAUCUGACUUCCUCCUGUUUUUCGUUCUUGUUUCUCGUGCUAACAUUACAGCGGCCUGCAUCGUUUGCUUAGUGUCACACGUUCCAUUCAUCGCUGGAAUGUUGGCGGUAACGCAGGCAGGAGAUGCCGUCAUGAGCUGUUGCUUUUCUUCCUUCCAGGGCCUGGAGAGCCCUUCCUUUUAGGAAAGUACGCAGUGCAACUUCUUUACUAGUGUUACAUGGAUUAUAUAUUUUUUAAAAUGAAAAAUUUGAGAGUUAUCACUUACUAUCACCAGCAUCACUGUUACAAUAAUUGAUCAAAUACGCUCAAGGAAACCCGAUCAGUGUCUAGUGGAAGGGUUAUUCUCUCCCUGCAGAGUCAACCCUUAGUAAUAUAUAGAUGGUUUUAAAGGUCCCAGCUCUGGGAAUGCUCUGCAUCUAAAAGCAAGUGUUUGAAAUAUUCUAAGCAUGAAUUACCCAGGUAAAUGAAGAUAUUUUAGUAAUAGGAAAGAUACCUUUAUGGAAGCCGUCUGUUGUACCAGUAACUGGGCCUGCGGCUUGGGAGUGGGGGUUGGGGGCUGGGGGGGGGGGUGUCUCCACAGCUUUUCUUAGAUGACUACUGAGCUGUUAUUGUUAAGAAACGCCCCAUCUCAUUUCUAUCAAGGGAAAAAGUAGUUUCAUACGGUUGUCAUCCGUUAGCAACGUUCAUUUUAUUUUGAAAUAUAUGUUAGUUUUCGAAGUUUAAUCUUGAGUUCUGGUGCCCACAUAUUUUUGUCAAGCCCCCCGACCCCCACCCAGCUUUGUUGUUUUUGGAGUGAGUUUCCAGAUAUGUCAACAUAUGUUUUCUUAAAUGAUAAUUUUACUAUUCAUGAGGGAGGUUUCUGUUAAGAAUAUAUUCGAAGACUGAUUUUUUUCAUAUCAGCUUUCUUUCUGUUGACCUUGGCAAAAUGUACAGUAGAUUUUCAUGAUCAUUGCCUAUUUGUUGUCAUUGAAAUGUGUCUUUUGUGUUUUUAAAUGCAUUUAUUUUACAGUCCUGACUUUAUUAUUGACUUUAAAUAAAGAAAUAGAAAUAAAAAAUGAAAUUUUAAGUGAAAGCCCUUUUAUCUGUUAAUGGGAAUAUAUCAGAAUGAUUAAGAAUAUUUUGGGUGUUUAUUUUUUAAUGAAUCAUGUUAUAUUUGUGGAUAAUUAUGCUUUAUAUGUGGAGAGUAGCAAAUAAAGAUGAAGUAAAAUUAACUGAAAAUGAUGAGCACUGUAUUCAUGGAAUUUUUACACCAGAAUAAAAUAGAGGAAGUCACCAAAUCUAGUCCUUUAUUUUGCGGUGAGGCAGGAGGCCUGGGGUGGGAGCGUGACCUUUCUGAGUCAUGCUGCUCGUUGGAGACGGCCUGCUGUGGCACCGGGAGUCUGCUCGAUCCCAGGAGCUGGUCAGCAGCCCCGUGACUGCCGGGAAGAUACUCUAGAUCUGUACUGCUUGUUGGUCAAUAUAUCUGGUUCUAGUAUUAAUAAAGAAAAUGUCAUUAAAAUAGCAUACACAGUAGUUAAAAUACAAAAAAUGUUAAGUCUUGGUUUCUAGCUGUUUGAGAGGACGAAAGUGAAGCAAAACCUGUUAACUUUUGGGAAAAACUUGGACAAUUAUUUUAAAUAAACAGUUGCAUUUAAUUAAGCCUCA